AUGGUUCAAGCCUUCAAGGUACCUCUGGAUGUUGGGCGAAGCAAGCAGGCGGUGGGUGAACAGUAUCAGCGUGUUGUCCUAUAUGCAACUGGAAAAUGCAGCACGCGGUGCAUCGUACACUUGUGCUUGCUUCUCAUUGACAUGGUCGUCACUGCAUCUGCAUUCCUCAUGCCUGUCCGUUUCUGUUUACAAGGCCAUCUGCACACCCUGUUCUCUGCUUCAGCUGUAGUUCAGACUGGCCAUCUGCACACCUACAGGUUCUGCGACGUGUGGACAUUCAUCCUGACGGACGCGCAGUUCAAGAACGAGGAGACGACCGAGCAGGUCGGCAAGGUGAAGAUCGUGGCCUGCGACUCCAAACUACUCAGCCAAUAA